AUGAACGAUUGGCAGCCAAAUGGCAAGUUGAAAACUGCACCAUAUUGGAGGGAUGAAGAGAAAGACGCCCUCCGAAAUGACUCGCAACAUUCACCUAUUGGCCUUAAGAAGCAAGCGUACUUUUGUGAAAAACAAAUGGUGGAGAAGUUACCACGACAACAUAACACCUCCAGGCACAAAAGAGCCCCUGAGAGUUUGGUUUACGAACAGUCUACCUUGACGACAACUCGCCCUGGCGACCAUCAGAUUUUAUCCACCCGACGCAGCACCACUUCAGUUCUGCGGGAUUAUCGCGAUUUCUAUCCAGACCUAAUCACCCAUUUCGGCAAACUAUCGCUUCUUACUGCAGCACCCAGUUGA